AUGGUAUGGAUUCAUUUUCCAGGUAUGGGUCUUGAAUUCUGGAAUGAGGAAAUUUUAUUCAAAAUCUGUAAAGAAUUAGGAACUCCUGUCAAAGUUGAUAAUGCAACAAUUAACUGUGAAGUUGGAUAUUAUGCAAAUGUUCUGGUGGAAGUAGAUUUUUCUAAAUCCAUUCCUAAUAAGAUUUGGAUAGGUACCAAGUAUGGAGGCUUUUUUCAGGAUAUUCUGAUUCCUGAUUGUCCUAAAUUUUGUUCUACCUGUAAAAUUAUUGGUCAUUUGGUUUCAGAAUGCAGAGUAGAGAAGGCUAAAAAUCAAUCAGUUGAAAAAACUAAUCAGCAGAGAACCAGAGCUACUCAGCAAAGAGCUAAAGGUACUAUGGUUCCUUUUGAUAUAUGUAAUAGCUCUGCAGAGGAAACUAGUCAUACUAUUAAAAUGAUCCAAGGAAGUACUUCAAAUUCAGUCGAAAAUCAUCAGCAACAAUCAGCAGCAUCAAUAAUUUCCAGUAUUGCCACUCUAGUGACUCUUCGGCAACACAAUAAUUCAGAAUCACUUAGUACUUGUAGUAGAUUCAAGGUUUUGACACAAGAUGAUAAAAUUGAUGAAGAUAAUCUAAGUGUAGAUGAAGAAAUUAUUGUUGAUAUUGAACCACAAAAAUUAAUUCAUUUAGCUGAAACUACAGAGUUAGAUAAAAUUGAAGUAAAAUUUGUUAAUGGUGGUUCUGGUAAGGUUACAACAGAACCAGUUGCUUACACUACUUGGGUUUCAGUCCUUAAUAAUUCAGCAUCUCAGAUAUCUCCAAGUCAAAUAGUUAACAAUCAAAUUUCAGGUAAAAAUGCUUUCAUUGAAAAGUUACAUCAUCCAGUCACUAAGCAUAUUACACAAGGCAAGACUGAUAAGUCAAGUAACCCAGUUCUUGUUAAGUAUAAUUUCAGGAAAAUGUUGAUGGUGAUUCAAAAUGAAACUGCUAAUCAUAAAAGUAACAUUUGGCUAUUUUGGAGUAAGUCAAUAUCUACACUAAAAGUUGUCUCCAUUACAAGUCAGGUGAUUACAGUUGAAGUGGGUGAUGUGCUAGUAUCUGGAGUUCAUGCACAUGUCAAUAUGGUGCAAAGAAGAUUUUUAUGGUCAGAAAUGAAGUUUAUUAGUGAUCUUAAGAAGCCUUGGCUUAUAUUGGGUGAUUUUAAUGCUGUUUUAUCUAUAGAAGAAAAAAAGGGUGGUAGAACUCCUUCAAGAAGAUCAAUGCUGGAUUUUGGUGAUUGUUUAAAUGAUUGUGGGCUUCUUCAAGUUCCCAAAAUUGGACUAGAUUUUUCUUGGUCUAAUUGUCAGCAAGGUAACAUAAGAGUUUUGUGCAAUCUUGAUAGGGAAAUAUGCAACAUGGGAUGGUUAAAUGUUUACAGUGAUUGGGGAUACAAAGUUGGAACAAGAAUAACUUCAAAUCAUUCCCCAUUACUGGGAGGUUGUGCCAAUGUCCCAAAACCUUGUAAUGCUCUUUUAAGAUUUCAAAAGAUGUGGUUAGAACAUCUUUACUUUAUGAAGCUAGUUGAAGAUAGUUGGUCUGCACCAUUAAAUGGAGAUCCUCCUUAUGUUUACAUGCAAAAGCUCAAGAGAUUGAAAGUAACUUUGAAAAAGUGGAAUUGGUCUGUUUUUGGAAAUAUUCAAGUAAAAAUCAAAGAAGCUGAGGAAAAAGUGAAGGAAAAAAAUGCUUACUUCAGAUAG